AAACUGUUCUUUUAAUGCUUUAUCCACAUGCGACAAGUAUUCUUGGCCGUUCCCACAUGCAGGCUGUGCUGUUCAGUGAGAUUUGUUCUCAAGCAUGUUAGUUUUUUGCUUGCAGAAAUUGCACAGAAUUCACGAUGUGGACGCUUCGGAAGCUUCUGCAUCACCGGGCCAUCACUCGCUGUGGACAUCACUAUUCGGUGCAGAUGCGAUUUGUGACCUCCGAAAGCUUCGAAGUGAUGAAAGGAGGACAACCAGUCAGGUUCACUUCCAAGAACCGUGGGAUUUGCUGGGCCAACUUGUUUUAGGUUUUGAGUGAUUGUUUGCUCAAAGUUUCAAUGUCAGUUUGGAGUACUUGCUUGCGACUAGUUUCAAGAUAGAUCACCAAAAUUCUAACAACGGUUGCAUGAGUGUUCUGGUUGCAGCCUCACCAGUUUGCCAGUUGUUGCAGAGACAAGGAAAUCUGACUCCGAUGUGAUAGUGGCUCUCAAAGGUUUCAAAGGCAACUUUGGACAACACCUGUAUGAAGCUGGAGUAGAAGGCAAGUGGUCCAAAACUAUGAGAGCUUGGGCGCACUACUUGUCACAAGACCAUGCUGAAGAGACUGAGGACCCAUCGAAGCAUUUAGAUGCCAACAUUCUGGUGCGAGUUGAUUCCCGUGAAAAGAAACUAAUUGAGUGCCUACGGAAACGCAUGGAAAUCCCAUUUUGUGUGGAGACUUUACGUGUGGGCGACGUUAUUCUUGGUAGCUUUCCCUAUGAAAUUUACAUAGAAAGGAAGGCCGUCUGUGAUCUGGUAUCUUCAGUGUUCGACUGUCGGCUUGUCAAUCAAAUUGGCAACCAAUUGCAUCACACAGAGUACUGCAGGCUUCAAUCACUUGUCAUUGUGGAGGGUGACUUCUCGGAGCUUAACCAGCCUAUGCCCCAUUUGAGACAUUUGAAAAAAUUAUCCUACGAAGGACUGAGGAAUUUGGCCUUGGCAACUAUGGUCAGGCUUUCUCUUCGUGAUCAGCUGCCAGUACUACGCUCUGAUAACUUGCAAGGAACAGCCGAGCUGAUCAAUGUCAUCUCGCUGGAGUACCCAAAGUUACUGAAGAUGAGACCGUUGCAGUAUGGCUCCCGCAAGGAAAGGCCAUUUCGAUCUCGGCGUGGUGAAAACCCGAAGGAGACCUUAGCCAGUCAGUUGCGCUGUGUGCGCGGAGUAUCAGAACAAGCGGGAAGACGCCUCGCGAGAAAUCAUGACCACGUGCAAUCCUUUCUUUCAGCGAUGCUAGCAUCAGCAGACCCUGUGCAAUGGCUCGUGGACAAGGCAAACAUCGGGAAGAAUUCUUCUCCCUUGAGGAGGCCCACGGCAGUCCGUCUCGCAGAGACACUGGCAGGGAAGGACACUCUGCAGCGGGAAAACUUCACCUCCUCCCUUGAAGCCAUUCAAGGCAUAUCCCGCACCUCUGCGACUGCUUUAGUUGGCCAUUUUAGCACCAGGGAGAACAUGCAGCAGUUCCUAGAAGGACAAUGUGCAUGAGGUCGUAACCAGACAUCAAUAGUGCCAGAGGAUCUGAGGGAAAGCUUAGCUGGCCAAUACAGGAUCGAAAAAAGUCACCAUUGUCAUUGUUGCGAAGCAGUACAAUGUGGUUUAUACAUUUGCACCGUGCUGGUACUUCUUUUGUGUGUAUUGUACAUGUAUAUAUUUUGAAAGAAGGAAUGAACAUGUUUUAUAAAAGGUUAAAUGCCUAAGCACAACACAAUUAUGAAAAAAGACAAUAAUUACAGAAUGCGCAAGCAGUUUAGCUUACGAAAAGAACAGAAGUUCAUGAUUUUGCCCCAAGCCACUUAAAUAACCCACUCGCUUAAAGCUCCACCUUCGGCGUCGUAAAGCGUCCACUGACUGAAAGUCAGCCAAAUGCUCUCCCUUGUGCAAUCGUCGCAAAUCGCAAAUCACCAUAAAACCGCAAAAUGUAACAGAUGUCAAAAAGCCCUGAGUCGCCAAACUCGUCUGGUAAAAACCACAUAAAUUUGUACAAAUCACCACACCACCCUUGAAAGUAACUCACAAUCCUGCCUGACAUAUCAUAAAUGCACAAAUCCCAUAACCCUGCAUCACGACUGCAAUCAUGAUCGGUACGAUAUAGAAAACUGCGCUGCGCUGAGCCGUGGAACUUUUGGCCGGAAAACUAACACAUCACUCAGAUUCAACGAGGGUCGGCGAGACCUCAGCGCCGCACUCCUAGCAUGUCCUAGUGAGUGCAACAUCAGAGGCCAGCUUGGCACCUCCGCAAGUAACUUUGUCAAAACCGCAUCAAGUUAGAGGCAGACACUUUAACCAUGAGUUUGUCACAUAAGCAAUCAACUCUAUCUGUUUGUAUAUGCUGAGAUUGUCUUGAGUUUGAAAGUACCCCUCGCACAAGCAGAUGUUUUUGCAGUCGGCAUCACAUCAGGCAUCACAUCAGGCAUUCUUCCUCUGGAAGUGGUGCUGACUCCUUCAGUUGUUCAGUCUUUUGUUGCAAAUACAGUUUCUUGAAGGACAGCAGGAUCCUGUUGGGGCCCUAUCAGAGCUUUUCCCGCGGCUUUCACGGCCAGCAAAGGUAAGUUUAGUGGAGGAGCUUGCUGGCAAGGAGGGCCCAUGAAAUCCAAGUGCUCGCUCUUUGUACACAAGUGUUCAAACAGAAACACAUGUUUGGUGAAGCAAAGUGGACAAGAAGAUAGCUAUAGAAGCCUCUCUGAGAUGGUAGGGGGCCAUCAUUGCUCAGAGAUUGCUCAGGAGGCGCUGGCUUUCGAGGAAUACAGACAACGUAUUGCUUCAUUGAAUGGCAUCUCAGAAGCCAGUGCAGCCAAGAUCUCGGAGCAAUAUCCAGAUGCCACCUCACUUUGCAAGGCCUUGAUCUCUGAGUUGGAUCCUGUUUUUGGAGCCAUGAAGCUAGCAAAACUCAAUACCACAGGUGCAUUGAACUUGGUCACUGAAUUUCUUGAUGGUAGCGCUUUGACCUACGUGGCACUGGUCAACGACAUUGCCAAGGUCGGCAUCAGCAGCAAGAAGGCCUUGCUCCUGGCAAACAAGUUUCGUUCAAGAAGGAAACUCUGUGAAGCGUUGAAGCAGGAUCUUAGUGACAAGAGCCAACGGAGCCAACGCAGCCAACGGGGCCGAAUGCGCAAAGUGGAAAGUGGGGAGCGAAGCAGAUUGACUAAAGUGCAAAUGCAGCGCUUGCUCGAGAGCUUAGACAA